AUGACCGACGUCCCAGUCACUUUUACCAAAGAACGACACAUCAAGUAUUUCCUACGAUGUCUCAAAACCUUCCUUCCCAGCCUAUACACCUCCAAUGACUCCAAUCGCAUGCUUCUCGCCUUUUUCACGGUCGCCGGCUUAGACCUCCUCGGCGUCUUGCAGAGCAAAACCACCCCCGAAGAGCGACAAGGCUACAUCGACUGGAUCUACCACUGCCAGGUUCCCACGGGCGGAUUUCGAGCCUUCACCGGAACGGAUUUUGGCGCGGAGAAUCGGACAUUGGAUAAUGAAGCUUGGGAUCCGGCAAAUGUACCCUCUACCUUCUUUGCGCUGGAGCUCCUUAUCAUCCUGGGCGAUGAUUUAUCGCGAGUGAAGCGGAGGGAGUGUUUACAAUGGUUGCCGCGCCUGCAGCGUGAUAAUGGAAGCUUUGGAGAGGUGCUGGGACCGGGAGGGAAGAUUGAAGGUGGUGGUGAUCUCCGCUUUUGCUGCUUUGCGGCAGGCACGCGGUAUAUUCUGCGGGGGAAUGGCGGGGCAGAUGUGGAUGGCAUCAAGGACAUUGAUGUGGACAAGCUGGCCGCGUUUGUUCAGGCAUGUCAAGCAUAUGAUGGCGGUAUGGGUGAAGCACCCUUUUGUGAAGCGCAUUCCGGUCAUACGUAUUGCGCAAUGGGCGCCUUGACAUUCUUAAGUCGUAUGGCAAAGGAUCAGAAGCCACCGCCAGUCCUUUCGCCAGGCGCGAACGAAUUCGAGUCCUUGGUUCGUUGGCUCGUUGCCAGACAAACGACAGAACUCGGCGACACCGAGGAGGACUCGGACGAUGAUAACAGCUCUGAGGUGAAUGAGGUUCCGAAACCGGUACCGGAGGCUGUUGAAGAAGUAAGCUUAGAUGAGAGCCUCGAUAAGCUCCCCGCUAUACCGCCACCAACGGAACAGGAUCUACGAUGUGCAGGCUUCAAUGGGCGAUGUAAUAAGUAUGCUGAUACAUGUUACUCAUUCUGGAACCUGGCAACAUUAGAUAUGAUGAAUAGGUUAGACCUCGUGGACGCAAGUCGGAAUCGGCAAUAUCUUCUCGGAAAAACGCAGCAUAUCAUUGGCGGUUUUGGAAAGGGUGUGGGCGAGCCACCAGAUCUCCUCCAUUCCUACUUUGGGAUGGUCGCCCUCGCGUUCCAGGGAGAGGAAGGGCUAGAUGGGGUUGAUCCAGCGCUGUGUAUGAGCCAUCGGGCCGUGCAGCAACUACAGUCUCUCCCUUGGUGGAAAGAAGGGGUUUGA